AUGGAUGAUGAUCUGUUUGCUGCUUUUGAUUCAUCCCAAACAUCCUACGCUGGAGUUCCUUCUAGCAGUGGGGAUAGCAAUGAGCAUGUAGAGUUCGGACGCCAAAAACGUUCUCAUCAAGACGAUGACGAUGACAUCAAAAGUGUGAACCUUGUUGAAGAACGAAUGGAAUUUUCGGAUGAUUCCGCCAAAAGACCAAGAGUUGAAGGAGCAAAUGAUCCAAACGACGAUUUAGAAGAAGAAUUGAAAUAUGAGAACAUUGUAGUUCAUACAAUUAAAACAGAUAAUGAGAAUUGCACUCAUGAGGUCGCACUUCCGCCAGAUCACCAAUUCACUCCCUUGAGAUCAAGUGGAAGAGAGCCAGCAAAAUACUAUCCAUUCCAAUUGGAUGCUUUUCAAAAACAAGCUAUUAUGUGUAUUGAAAAUAACCAAUCCGUACUUGUCUCUGCUCACACUUCUGCUGGAAAAACGGUAGUCGCCACAUAUGCGAUUGCUCAAUGUCUUCGUGACAAACAGCGAGUGAUCUACACCUCUCCGAUCAAAGCUCUCUCGAAUCAGAAGUUCCGAGAAUUGGAAGAAGAGUUCGGAGAUGUUGGAUUGAUGACAGGAGACGUUACUCUAAAUCCAGAUGCUUCGUGCCUCGUCAUGACCACUGAAAUUCUCAGAUCUAUGCUUUAUCGAGGAUCGGCGAUUAUGAAGGAAGUUGGUUGGGUAGUGUUCGAUGAAAUUCAUUACAUGAGAGAUAAAGAGCGCGGAGUGGUUUGGGAGGAGACAAUCAUUCUGAUGAGCGAGAAAAUCCGUCACGCUUUCUUAUCCGCCACGAUUCCCAAUGCCCGACAGUUUGCACAAUGGGUUUGCUAUAUUCAUCAUCAACCGUGCAACGUCGUCUACACCGACUAUCGUCCUACUCCACUUCAGCAUUUCAUCUAUCCUGUCGGAGGAGAAGGUCUUUAUGAGGUCGUCAAUGUUAAGGGCGAGUUUCGUGAAGAUAAGUUCAAAGAUGCAAUGAGCUGCUUGGCGACUGCCGGAGAUUCGGCGGGCCCAAUUCAACGACGCGGUGGUGGGACCAAAGGAGACAGUAACGUUUUGAGAAUCAUUCGAACAAUCCGAGAAAGCGAUAUGAUGCCAUGCAUUGUGUUCUCGUUUUCGCGAAAAGAAUGCGAAGCCUAUGCGUUGUCUCUGAAGGAUUUAGAUUUUAACACCGAAGACGAGAAGAAAAUGGUGAGCGAGGUGUACAACAGCGCCAUUGAUAGUUUAUCGGACGAUGACAAGACGCUGCCGCAAAUCGGAAGUCUUCUUCCUCUUCUACGCCGUGGAAUUGGUGUCCAUCAUUCCGGUCUUCUUCCACUGCUUAAAGAAACCAUUGAAAUCUUGUUCGGCGAAGGAUUGCUCAAGGUUCUUUUCGCCACUGAGACAUUCUCGAUGGGACUUAACAUGCCGGCGAGAACCGUUCUUUUCACAUCUGCGAGAAAGUUUGAUGGAACUGACAACAGAAAUAUCACAUCUGGAGAGUAUAUUCAAAUGUCUGGAAGAGCUGGAAGACGUGGAAAAGACGAUCGAGGAUUGGUUAUCUUGAUGGUUGAUGCACAAAUGAGCGCCGAUGAUGCGAAGCAUAUUAUCAAAGGAGCGACGGAUCCAUUGAACUCGCAAUUCCGCCUCACUUAUAAUAUGGUGUUGAAUUUGUUGCGAGUUGAAGGCCUUGCUCCCGAUCAUAUCAUCAAGAAGAGUUUCUUCCAAUUUCAAAAUUUCGACAAAAUUCCGGGAUUGAAGAAAAAAAUUGAGGACAAAAAAAAGCAGCUGGAAAAAAUGAAAUUGCCGUUUGAGAGCGAGGUCUCAUCAUAUAUUGAAAUUGAGAAGGAAAUUGCGAAGGCGGAGAGUCGAGUGAAGGAGAUUCAGAGACAACCCAAGUAUCUUGUUGGCUUCUUGCACGCGGGAAGGCUAAUUAAAGUGGUGAGCGGUGAAAGAGACUUUGGAUGGGGUGCGUUGGUGAACUUCCGAAAACGGGUGAAUCCGGAUGAUAAGAAUGAUAUGCUAUAUGUUAUUGAAAUUAUGCUAGCCGUUGAUCCGAGCAGUAAAAAUGAUACGUCGAAUCCGGCCACUUUGAUGCCGGCAUUCAAAAAACCUAAUAGGACUUGGGAGGUUGUUCCGAUGACUUGCGAUCGCGUCGACGCGAUUUCGGCGAUUCGCAUCAAACUGCCACAAGAUUUGACGAAUUCCGACGGAAAAAUGAGACUCGAUAAAAUUAUGACGGAAAUGAUGAAACGAAUGAAUAAUGAUAUUCCACUACUGGAUCCGAUCACUGAUAUGAACAUCAAGAAUCCCGAGCUUAUUGGAGCUGUUGAGAGAAUCAAGACACUUAAAGAGAGAAUGAAGAACCAUCCGAUGGGAAGAAGGCCCGAUUUCGAGGAUUGCCGGAAGGCGUUUGAACGAAAGGCGGAAGUUGAGCAAGAAUUGAAUUCUCUCAAGCAUGAAUUGAAACGGGCUCAGAAUGUGCUCCAGUUGGAAGAGUUGGGACAUCGUAAAAGAGUCUUGAGACGAUUGGGAUACUGCGCAGCGAAUAACACCAUUGAGCUCAAGGGAAGAGUUGCCUGCGAACUGUCGGCAUCGGAUGAGCUCAUUCUGACGGAAAUGCUCCUGAAGGGUGUAUUCACACCAUUGGACGAAGGCCAGAUUGGUGCACUUUUGUCGUGUUUCGUCUUCCAGGAAAAAGCUACCCAACCGAAAUUGGCUCAGGAAUUGUCGGGAUGCUUAAAAGUGUUGCAGGAGCAAGCUCGACAUGUUGCGAAGAUCUCGAAUGAAUGUCGUGUGGAAGUGAACGAGGACAAAUAUGUGGAGCAAUUCAAUCCGGGGCUCAUGGAUGUCGUUUAUCAAUGGAUCAAUGGGGCGACGUUUGGCGAAAUUGUCCGCAGCACCGAUGUAUUUGAAGGUUCGAUUAUUCGAUGCUUCCGAAGACUCGAAGAAGUGCUCAGAGAGAUGGUGAAUGCCGCGAGAGCUUGCGACAACAAGGAUCUCGAGCUGAAGUUUGAGUCGACCCGCAAGAAACUCAAAAGAGACAUUGUGUUCGCCGCAUCACUUUAUUUGUAA